GAGAGCGGCAUGCGAAAAUAGGGGGUGGUGCUGAACGAACAGCUCCGAGAAAACGCGCGCUUCGGCAAUAAAGUCACCAUCGGAUCUGGCCGUCCACCGGUGCACCCCCGGUCCUCUCUGACCAGACCAAGCGGAGCCAUGAACCAGCCCAGCUCGCCGUCCUCAAGAUCCACCGUCAAACUUUUGGAGCCCACCUACUCACCCUGACCAUGAAGAGGCAAAACGUGAGGACCCUCGCGCUGAUCAUUUGCACGUUUACCUACCUGCUGGUCGGAGCGGCUGUUUUCGAUGCCUUGGAGUCUAAAAAGGAGACUACCCAGAAGAGAAAGCUGGACGCGAGGAAACGGGAGCUGAUGGAGAAAUACAACUUGUCCAAAGUCAACUUCGAUGAGCUGGAAGGGGUGGUAUUGCAGCUGAAGCCGCACAAGGCAGGAGUCCAGUGGAAAUUCGCAGGUUCUUUUUACUUCGCCAUAACUGUGAUCACGACCAUAGGAUACGGUCAUGCUGCUCCCAGCACGGAUGGCGGCAAGGUGUUCUGCAUGUUCUACGCACUGCUGGGAAUUCCGCUGACCCUGGUCAUGUUCCAGAGUCUGGGCGAGCGCAUCAACACGCUGGUCCGCUACCUGCUGCACCGCCUCAAGAAGUGCCUGGGCCUGCGCCGGACCGAGGUCAGCAUGGCCAACAUGGUGUUCAUCGGCUUCGUCUCGUGCAUGAGCACGCUGUGCGUGGGCGCGGCGGCCUUCUCGCGCUACGAGGACUGGAGCUUCUUCCACGCCUACUACUACUGCUUCAUCACGCUGACCACCAUCGGCUUCGGCGACUACGUGGCGCUGCAGAAGGACCACGCCCUGCAGACCAACCCCAAGUACGUGGCGUUCAGCUUCAUCUACAUCCUGACCGGCCUGACGGUCAUCGGGGCGUUCCUCAACCUGGUGGUGCUCCGCUUCAUGACCAUGAACGCCGAGGAUGAGCGGCGGGACGCCGAGCAGCGGGCGCUGCUGUCCAGGGCCGGUGGCGGCGCCGGCGGGAUGGGCAGCGGAGGCGGCGCCGUCGGAGGCGGAGGAGGGAGGUACCACUUCGCCCCGGAUCCGCCCUCGUACUCGUCGGCCGCCUCCGAGCUGGGGGCGGCCUGCUCCGGACGUGACGGAGGAGGCUCGGGCAGCGGGGGUGGAGGAGGAGGAGGGGGUGGUGGCGGGGGGGGUGGCGCCAGUCGCGGUCUGCGGAACGUCUACGCCGAGGUGCUGCACUUCCAGUCCAUGUGCUCGUGCCUGUGGUACAAGAGCCGCGAGAAGCUACAGUACUCCAUCCCCAUGAUCAUCCCGCGUGACCUCUCCACCUCCGACACCUACAUGGAGCAGGGCGAGGCCUUCUCCAGCAGCCCGCUGCCGCUUCACCCCAACGGUUGCGCCUGCGGCGGCCUGCAGAGGCCCUCGGCCAUCAGCUCUGUUUCCACCGGCCUGCACACCCUGGUGCCCUCCUACCGCGGACCUUCCAAACGACGCUGCUCCAUCUAGGUCAAAUUGCGUCAUUGCAUCGGCCUUCGGCGGAGGCCUUGUUUGCCCGGAUGUAGAGUCUAGAGGAAGCUAGAGGGGCUUUGUUUUAUUUUCCUUUUCCAGAGUAUUUCUACAGAUAAACUUCCUGAACGGAAAGCGCAGAAAUGGUUCCUUCCUCCCCAACAAAACAUACUCUAUGCUACGUACUGUAUACUACACUGUGGAUAACAAGAGUUUUAGUGAGGGAAUCAUAUACUGUAGAUUAUAAGAAUGCUUGUAGUCGUUACAAUGACCUGACUUUAUGUGAAGUAUGUAUUUUUUUCUAACAGAAUCCUAACAAAGAACACUUUCGAACAUUAGUUCACACAAGUAAAAAGUGUACAUAUAGAUAUAUAUUUGUUAUAAGACAACUAUUUAAGCUACAUAGCUACAUGCAGUGGUAUAGAGAGGGAUACUUUCACUUUCUGUUGGUAGAUUCCAAUACACAUUCUUACAUAUCUCUAUAUCCAAGCUGCAGUUUUAAGCCAAAC